CUGAGCUUCAAGCCUGCAGUGGGGCGUUCAAAUCUCAGAGAGGGAAGGAAAGCUUUGGCUGAGGGGCUGCGGGCGGAGACCGGAGAGCCGAGUCUAAUGUAGUCCGUCCGGAGAUCGGAACUGCAGGCAGCAAACAUGCACUGGAAUCUCGCUUGUCUCUGAAUCUCCAUGGCAACAGCACAGGCCGCUCAUGUAACCUGUGACCCCAUCAAUUGUCUCUCUGAACUUUACUCUCUGGACUCCGAGCCUAACACUGACUACAACAUGGGCAGCGUGGGUAGCCUAGUGGAGAAACAAGAUUUCUCGCCAGCUACAUUGGGAGGUCUGCGAGGGAUGCGCCAGCCAGAUGGGCUGCUCCGGAAAGGAAUGUCACAGCGUGAAGUCUUUGGCUAUUUACAUGGAGGAAAGAGAGAUGCUCGAGCUGAGAAGAAGCACCAGUCAUCUGGAGGAGGCUAUAAACGGGAUUAUGAGAGUGACCGGGAGAAUCAGUCUCCUGAGCGGUACUUCCGAGACAAUCAACGUGGAGAUUUUUCCAAGAGCUCUCUGCCUGAACGUGGACGCUUUGACAAGUGUCGGAUCAGGCCUUCAGCCUUCAAGGUGAUGUCUGGGAAGAGCUUGUUGUCCAUGCAGGGACUGUCAUCAUCCAAAGGGCAGAAGCUGUCAAAGAGCAAUGGUAGUCUGCAUACACUCUUGACACAGAGCAGCACUGGCAGCUCUUCACAACGUGCUCCCCUGCGCAGCCAUUUGCUGCACACCAUCAGCCUGGAUGAGGGCACCAAUUCCAUCCAAAGUUUUCCCACAUACAACCCUCGCUUCAAACCAGCCCAAAGCCAGUUCAGUGCUUCUGUAGGCCACAUCAAUCACAUCGGUGGUUCCUUAGACAGGGCCUCACGAGGGCCGCGGGAUCCUUUGGCUGUAGAGAAAGCACCAUUGUCUUGCAAGAGCUUGAGUCGGCUGCAGAGUUCUGGGGAACCACCCCCUCCUUAUGAGCCCACAUACUCUCUGGAAGAUGUGGUAAAGCAGCUUGAGGACCGGCUGAGUGAAAAGGGCAUGGAGCUCCGCCAGCUUACAAGGAACUUAAAUGUGACUGAUGACCCCUUCGCACAGAUGUUUGAAGACAAACAGCGGUUGUGGAUGGAGGAGCUGGAGGAGCUGAAGCAGAUGUAUGUGGCCAAGUUGCAGCAAGUAACACAGCAGGCCCAGCGCAGCCAGCGGGCACUUCAGCUGCAGCUCUAUAAGGCGCAUCAGGAAAAGAAACGGCUGCAAGAAGAGCUCGAGCUUCAACAGAACCAGUGUGAAGAGCUGAGGCAACGGCGGCAGCAGGCAGAGCGCCUCAGUCCCAAGUUGGAGGAGACUAAGUGGGAGGUUUGUCAGAAGACUGCAGAAAUUUCGUUGCUCAAACAGCAAAUCCGAGAUACCCAGGAAGAGAUGAGCCAGAAACUGGGUGAGAUCUUCAGCUUGAAGUCCCAGCUGCGGGAUGCCCGAACAGAGUUGCAAGUCAAGGACUCACAACUGGUGCAUUUGGGGGACUCUUUCCAAGCCUUGCCAGAGCAUGGCUCCCCACUUCCUCCAAGGGACUCCACAAUGCAAGCAUGCCAGGACUUUUUGGGAUGUGAAACGGAUGACUCCAAAUGCCGGGGAAUGCAAGGGGAGAGUGUAGAAGGCCCAGACUGGCUAUGGGCAGAGCUACUGCGGGAGAGGCACCAGGCUCAGCUGCAGGCUGCAAACUUUGAGCAGGAGAGAAAAACCUGGCAACAGGAGAAGGAGAAAGUCUUACGCUAUCAGCGGGAGAUUCAGGCCAGCUACAUGGAGAUGUAUCACCGGAACCAAGCCCUGGAGAGGCAGCUCAAUGAAUUACGGCAGCUGCAGGUUGAACCCAGAGAUAUCAACUCAGAAUCACCUUGGAUUGAGAGAGUUGAGUCCUCAAAGAUUUGAACAAACUUUAUGAGAGAGGUCCUAUGCUGGGACAGCAAAUGGUCAGAGAGGCUACACUGCAUCAUGUGUCCGUAGGAUCUGGUCAAAGAAGGGGUUAAACUAAGGGGCUUAUCAGCCUGGCCCAGAAAUUUACUCCUGUAACAAACAUGGAAACUUGCCUUUGUUUUUGUAACUAUUAGCACUGUGGCUUUUGCAGACUGUUGCCGUCCAUGGAGAAAAUUCCCAGCAUUACCUCUGGUAAUGUAGGCUGUUGCUACCUGUCUUGGAGGGCAGGAUGCUUUCCUGCUGUGUCUUCUGUUGUGCUCACAUUGGCAGUAACUGUCAGGAUGAAAGAUUUGUUACUGUGGAGCAUGCAUGGCUAAGACCGAGAGCUAUGGUCAUUGUUGAUAACACCUGAUGAGGAAAACCAAUGAGGAAUGUGUAUCUGGUUGUACCAUCCUGCCCCUUCACAGCUUGACAUUUGUACUAAGUAGGAAAGAUUGAUUACCUACCUUGGCAUAAGCCCUGCUCUAUAGGAUUUUACUUCUUUCUAUCUGGCUUAUCUUCAUGCCUGGUUUUGAAGCUCCAAAUGUGACCUGAUAGUGUGUGCCUUGUAUUGUAAAUGACCAAGAAGAUCUUUGUGUGUUUUUAUCUAGAAUGUGUGAGAAACUCAAGCAUAAGAAUUGGCUUUUUAGGUCUCUAAGACAAAAAGCUCAGUGAAGGCCAACCUUUUGGGCUUAACCACCAAAAGGCCAUGGGUCAAUGCCAUGAGGGCUUGGGCUAGUUUCUCCACAGGCCAUGAAAGAGUGGGGAUAGGGGCUGUGGGCACCUUCUGUUUCGUUGCUGCUUGGUGCCCCAGUUCUGGAUUUUUGAAGGUUCUAGCCAGAGUUAUAAGGUAGAAGCUCUGCCUGGCAACUUCUGGAAUAAAAAUCUGUCUGACA